AUGAUGGUUUUCUCUGCCCCUUUCGCCGCCUUGGUCGCUUUGACUUACGCUUCGCUGGUUCUCGCGCAUGGCGGUGUGCGUAGCUAUAGCAUCGCUGGUACAUACUACAACGGAUUCGAGGCAUACGAAACUCCAGUUGGGCAGUCAAGCAUUGAGCGCGAAUGGGACACGUACGAUCCUAUCGAGGACCCGACCAACGCGAAGAUGUCUUGCAACAUUGAUGGCGCCAACCUCGGGGCUGGCCAGCUGUAUGCUACAGCGGCAGCUGGUUCUGAGGUUACCGCUGACUGGCCUCACACUAUUGGUCCUCUUAUGGUAUACAUGGCCAAUUGCAACGGAAACUGUACCAGCGCCGAUACUUCGACAUUGGAAUGGUUCAAGAUUGACGAAGCUGGACUCAUUUCCGGGGACCAGCCGUCCGGGACAUGGGGAAUGGGCGAAAUGGUAACCGAUAACAGCUCCUGGACGAGUAACAUCCCUUCGUCGCUUUCUCCUGGCUACUACUUCAUUCGUCAUGAGCUCCUGGCAAUCCACGUACCCUACGAUCCGCAGUUCUAUAUGGAAUGCGCGCAGCUCAUUGUCACCGGUUCAGGCUCUGCGACGCCAUCGUCGGAAUAUCUAGUCAAGUUCCCCGGCGCUUACUCCUGGACUGACCCUGGAGUCAACAUCAGCGUCUCAAACAACCCUGGCGUUGAUAACUACACUAUUCCCGGACCUCCCGUUUGGCCCGGAAACUAA